AUGAUAGUAAUAGGUCGUAGUCUACUCAACCACAGAGCAUCAACAUCAUCAUUGAGGACAUUGACACGACUACUGCCAUCACUCUCAUGUCGAUCACUCACAUCAAACUAUCACAGCAACAAUGAUGACAAUGACAGUCCAUCUGUCUUCAUAUCAACAAGCAUAAGCCAACCAUUAAGAUCAUAUAGUAGUAGUAGUGAUCAUGUACUUGGAGAUAAUGAAGGUCGUGCAAUCUCAUUCAAAGAGACACGCGAGUAUCUUGAUAAAGAGACUGAUGAUGAUAAGAUAUGUCUUUGUAUAUCAAUCUUAUUUAAGAAGACUGCACAUCAACCGUGGAUUGCAAAGUCUUUGAUCAACUACAUGUUGGAGGAACAUCCUUCAAAGAUGUCGGUCAAUGUGAUCAAUCUGUUCAUUCGACGUUACUUGAUUGAUGAUAACUUGCGUCUUGUGUCACGCACUUAUGGACUAUUCAACUACUUUGGACUGCAGCCCAACUCGAUGACACUGUCACUCUCCAAACAGCUGUACGGUAGUCACAUGAAAGACUUCCAACUCUCAUACUUUAAUCGUCUGGACAUCACCCAGUGCGUCCUGGAGCACGAGCUGCAGAAUGGGAAGAACUUGGACAUGUUGACCAAGGCCGCCAUCAAGAUGCCACACACGGUCAUGGCCAACCUCGUCGUGCUCAAUCAUAUUCUCCAGAAUAAGCAGGUGUCUCACUUCCUCGACAGCAUCAUAGAGCAGCACUAUUCGGUCGAGCACAGACAGAUCGUCUGUCGUAUGAUGUGCACUGUCUAUCUUCACUUUGAUGCGGUCCUGCCUGCGAUGCUGACCUACCUGCACACCGUGCUCGACUUGGCCACAUACCCAACCAUGCGCAUGGUGCGCGUAUUCCUUCAGUACUCACUCUAUAGGUGGGAUCAAUAUGCCACUGAGACCGCAUCUGGCGCCAUUCCGCCGUUCGUGGGGGAGCUGCGACACAGACGUAAUGUUAACUACUGGCUCAACUACUGUCGACAGUUCCAGGACAACACGCCAACGCCCUCAUCGUCGCUUGGCGCAGCCUACACUGACAAUGAGUUGAUCGAUCCAGUGCUGAUGAAGAUAAUUGAACAGAAUGGAGGCCGUGGGGCCCUGUUUGGUCAGGCCUCAGAGAGUGACGUGGCCCUGGCUGGCCUGAUCGAUGCACAUUACCUCGCAGAGAACAAGGACAAAGAAGUGGCGGCCAUCAUCAAACAUCUAAAACAGCACAACUUCCGCACUUUAACAUUGCCGCAUGGCGACCUCAUCAUACAGUGCGCUGAGCUAUUAUUCAACGCGCUGCCCGCCGACAAGUACUUCACCGAAUUCCUGCCGUCGGUGCCCGAGGCCUUCAAGUCCAUCUUCAUGACAUCGCACACGUUGAGUCAAGUAAUUGUGGACAACUUGGAACAGACAGUCAAGGACUACUUGAUCAAGGAGGACAUGAUAUUUUUGCGACGUUCAAUGCAGACUCGUAACGACCUGGUGGUCGGUGCGCUGAUGGCACACGACUUUGACCUGGCAUCCGAUCUCCUCACUGCGCUCCUCACCAAUAACCCACUCGGGCUGCUGCCCGACACCAUCAAGCUGUACAUCAGGUACUGCAUUCAACAUCACAAGCGGCCCGUCGCCAUUCCCGAGAUAUAUUAUCAGCCGAAUCAAAUCACCUCAACCGUCAUCCAACGAUGCUGCGAGUAUCACCGACUAUAUACGCUCAUCAUCGAUGGUGAGCUGGAACCUGCCGAUGCACUCCUCAAAGAAGUGCGACUCCACACGGACAUUUACCUCUAUCCAGUGGGCACCUUGCUGUUCAUCAAGAAGACGGCGGCUCAAGACGGCACACCAACGCCAAUCACAUUCGAUCGCUUCACCAACGAGUUGCUGCCAUACCUUCAGCUGGACCUGUCACACACCAAGCAUCACACUAUAUAUGGCGCAAUAUUCGAGGAGCUGCAUCAUAAUCAAUUGCUGACGCCAGAGUUUGUGCGCGCAUAUAUCGACAGCCAGGGCGAGCAAUUCGUCAUGGGGCCGGUCGACCAGCGCCUGCUGUGCCUAAUGCUGAUCACCCUCCCUCAGCCAAUCGAGAGGGUUGUUCUCUUUAAUCGAUUCUCCGUCGCCAACAACACAUUCAGCAAGCAGGUUCUCGCCGAGGUCAUGAAGGUACACAUGGUACAACAAAAUUUCGAUAAGAAGAUAAGGAGCAUAGAAGAGUCACAGAAAAUCAAGGAGGACGCUGACGCAGCAAAGGCAAAGGAGGACAAGAGUAAUAAGGAAACACUCGUACCCUUCAAUGGCCAGCAAUUGGAACAGAUCAAAGGAUUUAUUAAGAAGUGUUACGACUCUAGUGGAAUGACCAUUGGCGUACACGAGAUACCCAAUAAGCCAUCCUGUAAGAUAAGCUCAUCGACUCGAGCAUUCAUCAAUAGACACUUCCUAACGAGACUGGAUUUACGUAAUACUGAAUAA